AUGGCCUCGGGGAGGACGCUGAAGUUCGCCCUGUGCGAGGUGCUGCAGUUCGCAGGCCUGUGCGUGCCGCUCUUCAUCGUCAUGCAGAGGUUCGCCCUCAUUGUAGCGCGGGUCAAGAGCGUGUCGCAGCCGCCCGGCGACGCAAGCACCGCCUACUGGCUCACCGUGGCCUCCUCCAUCGCCUAUGUCACCUCUGCUGCCCUGCUGGUCUGGGUACCCAUGAAGUACAUGGUGUUCACGAAUAAGAAGUUUCUUGUCGGGAGGAAGAAGUGGAGGCCGGUGGCCCUGGUCUAUUUGACACUUUCCACAUUACCCUGCUUUGCCUUUCUCAUCGCCAGCUCAGAGGUGCAGAUCAAUAACAGUAUAAGACAGGAUACGUUUGCAGAGCUCCCUGUGUCGUUGGUGCUCUUCUCUCUCAUCUGCAUCGAUAUUGUGGAGAGGAUCCGCCACAGUCGACUCACUGGACACGCUAACGAAUUGGCCAGAGAUGCUGAGAUCCCUUCCACUGUCGUCACGAACGUAACCCCAGUGACACCGGUAAACCCAGAAAACCCUGCGGCACCCGUAACGCCAGCUGUGCCCGGGCAACCUACACAACCAGGGCAACCUGGUAGUCCAAAUGGGCAGGACCAGAACGGGGCGGGGUCUCAACCAGAGGCCAAUUGGACACUCCAGGGGAUGCCAGGUAACCAGAUACAAGGCAGACAGUUCAGCAUGUCAGGCCUGAGCUCGCGCUCGGCAUGUUCUGCACGCUCGGCCAGCAUGUCCGCGGACCACGGCGUCUCACCAUAUGCCUACACAGGCCCGUUACACUUCUUGUGUGCCAGCGAUGCCCGAGCCGAAGUGUUUGUGGACAGCUUUCUGUUCUGGAUGGACACGGUGGAGAUGGUGAGGGUGGCAGGGCACCCGGCGGUCUACUACUCGGGCUGGGUGUUCCCUAUCUACAUCUUCAGCUACCUGUCGUGCCUGCGGCUGGUAGUCAUGCCCCACAGUCCUCUGCUGUCGUUGCUAGGCGUGGCCCUGCAGGAUCUGCCUUUCCUGUUUGUGCGUAUCGGCCUCAUUGCCUUCUUCGGCUUUGUAACGCCACUCCUCUACCUGAUGAAGAACUUGCUCGUUUGUCUGGCAUUCAUCUACUUCAACUUCAUGACCAAGCUGAGGGUCUUCAACACCGAGAGGAUGUUCUGA